CUGUAUAAAUAAAUGAAAAUAAAAACCAGCGUCUUCGAAAUCCUGUCCCUCUUCAUUCAAGUCUUCUUCCCUCUGUAGGAGUGAGCGCAGAGAAGGAGAAGAAGAUGCAGAUCUUCGUGAAAACCCUAACCGGGAAGACGAUCACCCUCGAGGUCGAGAGCAGCGACACCAUCGACAAUGUCAAGGCCAAGAUUCAGGACAAGGAAGGUAUCCCACCGGACCAGCAGAGACUGAUAUUUGCUGGAAAGCAAUUGGAAGAUGGCCGGACUCUUGCGGAUUACAACAUCCAGAAGGAGUCGACUCUUCAUCUUGUCCUGAGGCUCAGGGGAGGGACCAUGAUCAAGGUGAAGACCCUCACUGGGAAGGAGAUUGAGAUAGAUAUCGAGCCAACCGAUACCAUUGAUCGCAUCAAGGAGCGUGUUGAGGAGAAGGAAGGUAUUCCCCCGGUGCAGCAAAGGCUUAUCUAUGCUGGGAAGCAGCUCGCCGAUGAUAAAACCGCAAAAGACUACAACAUCGAGGGUGGGUCAGUCCUCCACCUUGUGCUUGCUCUGAGGGGUGGCAGCUUCUAAUGGAAAUCCAUAGUUGUGCCUUUCUUUACUUAAUGUGAGCAUAUCGUGAGGUUCUUAGUUUACCGAACUAGAAGGGUGCAUUUUCUGAGUGGAUAAAAUUGCAAUUGUGCUGUGACAAUUAACCUCCCAUAACAUGGCACUACAGAUUUAUCUGCAUCAUUUGUAUGUUUUGACAUUCUGCAAUCGAAACAACAAGGCUUUUUUGUGAUA